AGCGGCCGAUGAAUGGGGGCUGUGACGACACGGCCUGACGCUCGUCCUUCAGUCCAGCGGACAGCUCUGCGCACCGCGCUUCCCUUUCCAAAUCCGGGAAGAAAGGCUGCCGUGCACCAAAACAAGGGCAUCCCAAGCGCAUCAUUUCGACUCUCCUUCUUUGGUGACAGCUAAAGAUUUUCUACGUUUGGGGAGUGAGGUGGGGGGGAGGCAGGGGAAUGAUCAGCCCCUACUCCCCGCAUCCGAGUCCUAAGCCGUAAGGAUGCUGUCCCCGAAUAGCGCUGCCGAGAGCCGGCCCCGACGCUCCUUCCUCCCGGGGCUUCUUCUCUGCGCCGCCCUGGUCGUCAUUAGCGGUAGUAUGCCAAUGAACAAAUGUCCUCGCAGCCUGGACUGUGCCAGAGAGGGCCGCCAUUUCUGCCAACCUGGCUCCUCCCACUGUGGCCCAUGCCUCGCCCCAUUGGUGGAGAAUGAGGAGAGACGGUGUGUGGUUAAGAAGAAGCACACCAAUUUUGCUAAGGUGACCAGUCACCCCGAACUUGAUGAGGAGAUUGAUUUCCUGUCCUCCAUCAUCGCCAAACAGAGGUCACAGGUCAGACAGUCAGAACCAGAGAAACGUAAGCAGAGUAACACCACCCCUGUGCCUUCCGCCCAUCCCGGGGUGGAUCCCCAGCCAACCUCCCCCAGCCAGACCCCCCCAAUUUGGAGGGAGCCUGUGGCUGCUACAUACCCUUCAAAGAACAAAGUUCUGACUGUCAUGACAGCUGCCUUCUCCAUCCUGGGCACCUUGGCCUUGACUGUGGCGGUGGCUUGUUGGAUCAGGCUCCGGAAGGGCGCCCGCCUUGCUCAGAAGGUGGAUUACCCGGCUUUCGGCCUGUUGGGUUCCCAUACCUUUGACAGCACGCAAACAGGAGAUAAGAAGCUGGCCCACAGCGCCCAGAUGUAUCACUAUCAGCAGCAGAAGCAGCAGAUGCUAUCCCUAGAGAGACACAGAGGUGAGCAUAAGGUUCCGGACUCUGGAACCACCUCGGACGAGGAGAAUGAGGAUGGAGACUUUACUGUGUAUGAAUGUCCCGGCCUGGCUCCGACUGGAGAAAUGGAAGUGAGGAAUCCUCUGUUUGAUGACUCUACUCUAACGCUGCGGAGGAAUGAGGAGUAAAAUGCUGGACUGUCUCUCUCUCUCACACACACAUACACACACACACACAGUCCAUGUAUUCAUAUCUUUGUGGGGACUCUAUUUAUUUCUAUGGGCAUCUCUAAUCCCAAAAAUGAUGACCGAAACCCCUACCCAGCUCCAACCAUAACCAUAAGUAACCAAACAAAAUACAGACUUUUGGAAUUUGUACUGUUUUGGUUGCAGUCACCGAUUUUUAUAUGAUUGAAUUUCCCCUUGUGAGGACCAAAAAAAUGCUCCCCACCACGUCAAAGUAACAGCUUUUAGUCACACUGUACGGACAUUUGGUCCCCUCAAUGUAAUGUAUAUAUGGACCACACGCACACACACACACACACACACACACACUGCGGACACUGGAAGAUGCCCGCCUGCCUGCCAGGUGCCCCAGCAGUAUCUCUGAAUCAAGCAGUAAGGAUGACCAUUGUUUAAGGAAGAACUCCAGGGAGAAUGUGAGCAGUGAGCAGCACCACCCCCUGGUGGAAUCGCUGUGGUACUGCCUCUCUAUCUUGCCCUCGGUCCCCACGCCAGCAGCUCUCUCUGAUCACUUCCCACACUGUCCGCACCCCUCCCACACAUGAUUUCCCUUGCAUCGUGUAGCUUGCCUGUUUUCUCCUCUGUCGAGCUGAUCUGCCAGUGUUUCAUUUUCAGAGAUCCACUUCCUCCAAUUUGCCUGUAAGAGUUAGCAGUGAGUGUGUUACUCAUCACCACGUUGCACGGUGCUGUAAUGAGCAGCUGCUGCUGGUGCAGACCCCCUUGCCCUGUAUGCACUGAGCCGUAUCACUGACCGUGCAGCAGCAGGCACCCUAUAAACGGCUGCUACCGCUGCUAUAGAGGCCUGCGUGUCCUCUUCAUUAACCUGUCCCACAAACACACACAAGCACAAAACACAUGCAACACACUAUGUAUGCUAUGUAUUUUUUUUUUUUAUUCAUGUGAAAUUCUCAGUUUAAAUUCUGAAGUUCCUUGUUUGCAAUGAAGAUGAAAUCAAAGGUUAAAGGAUGAAAUUUUUUCUUAUUAAUUUUUCUAGGGUAUCCAUGUGGUGGCUUCUGUAAGCCUGGAGCUGUCUGUCAGCGAAAGCUCCUCACUUUUAAUAGUUGGGCUGCCAUGCAUUGCUGAAAGACAGAUCACAUGACCCAAUUGGUUGUCCUACAUAGGCCGUUUAUUGUUUUUGUCAUGUAGUGCUUCUAUGUUCUUGUUUCAGUUGGAGGGAAUAUCAAAAUGAAUUAAAAUACACUGAUACAUCCUAA